UCUGCCAAGUUCCCAGCCCUCUGUGUGUGUUUGUGUGUGUGUGUGUGUCAGACCUUCUCUCCAAGUUAAAGGAGAGCUGGAGACCGCUCCUUCCAGCACCCAUGGCCGGCUACACCCCGGGUUUCACACCCGCUGCUUACUAUUACGCCGAUGAACUGGAGUAUCUGCAGGCUUAUGAGGACGUCUUGGAACGGUACAAAGAUGAACGGGACAAAGUUCAGAAGAAGACCUUCACAAAAUGGAUCAAUAAGCACCUCAUUAAGGUUCGGAAACAUGUGAAUGACCUGUAUGAAGAUUUACGAGAUGGACACAACUUGAUUUCUCUGCUGGAAGCUCUUUCUGGGGACACUCUGCCAAGGGAGCGAGAUAUACUGAAGACGUUACGGUUGCCCCGUGAAAAAGGGCGUAUGCGCUUUCACAGAUUACAGAAUGUACAGAUUGCAUUGGACUACUUAAAACGUCGGCAGGUCAAGCUGGUGAAUAUAAGAAAUGACGACAUAACCGAUGGGAAUCCUAAGCUAACUUUGGGGCUGAUCUGGACCAUUAUUUUGCACUUUCAGAUCUCUGACAUCCAUGUUACUGGGGAGUCUGAGGACAUGUCGGCCAAGGAGAAGUUGUUAUUGUGGUCACAACAGACAACGGAGGGUUAUGCUGGAGUCAGAUGUGAGAACUUCACUUCAUGCUGGAGAGAUGGCAGAUUAUUUAAUGCAAUCAUUCAUAAAUACAGGCCGGACCUGGUAGAUAUGAGUCAAGUCGCAGUUCAGAAUAAUGUGAGCAAUUUGGAACAAGCCUUUGGUGUAGCUGAAAAACUUGGUGUCACUCGGCUGUUGGACCCUGAAGAUAUUAAUGUUCCAUCCCCUGAUGAGAAGUCUGUGAUUACAUAUGUGUCAUCACUGUAUGAUGUUUUUCCCAAAGUCCCAGAAGGCGGUGAAGGCAUCAAUGCAAAUGAUGUUGAUGUCAAGUGGAUAGAAUACCAGAAUAUGGUGAACUACCUCAUUCAAUGGAUCAAGCAUCACGUGACGGUUAUGUCUGAUCGGAGCUAUUCGAACAAUCCUGCAGAACUUAAGGCACUUUAUAACCAGUACAUGCAGUUUAAAGACACAGAGAUCCCACCAAAAGAGAAGGACAAAGCUAAAAUAAAGCAGCUGUAUAAACUUUUGGAGGUGUGGAUAGAGUUCGGUCGCAUUAAACUUCCUCAAGGCUAUCAUCCAAAUGAUGUGGAAAAGGAGUGGGGAAAAUUAAUCAUCGCAAUGUUAGAGAGGGAAAAGAGUUUACGGCCAGAAGUGGAAAGACUUGAAAAGUUGCAGCAAAUCGCCUGCAGACUUCAGUGUGAUAGUGUGGCAUGUGAAGAUAAAUUGUUACGAGCACGAAAUUCACUCCAACUCGAUGUUCAGCGGUUGGAAUCGGGACUUCAGUUUCAGAAUGAGCAGGAGGUUGAAGGAUACCUGUUGGAAUCUGAAAAUCUCAUCCGCCAACAGAUCGUUGAUGCCCAGAUUCUAUUUGAUGGAAAGUAUUAUCAGGCAGACCAACUCGUUCAAAGAGUCACAAAGCUCCGUGAUGAGCUGAUAUCACUGAAGUCUGAUUAUUCAUCGGUGUACAGUAAAGGACGCUCCUUAUCCACAGAGCAGACCCAGCUGAUGAUAGCAGGGUUAAAUCAGAGCCUGAAUCAGAGCUUCUCCUCCGGCUUCUCCCAGGGUUUGACACCAUCCUUGACUUCCAGUUUAUCUCGGAGCUUGACGCCAAGCUUGACACAUGGAUUGACCCCAGUUCACACCCCAGGCUUGUCAAUGACACUAUCCUCUGGCUUAAAACCUGUCCUUACACAUGGGUUCAUUCAAGGCUUUGUUCCCUGUAUGGACACGGACAAAAUCAUGACAGUGAAACUAAUGCAGAUCAGAAAACCAUUGAUGAAAUCGCAAAUCAUUGACCCGACUCUGACAGAAGAGGAGAUCAACAUGAACUUUUUGCAGGACCUGUUAAAUUGGGUGGAAGAUGUGCAGGUGCAGCUUGACCGUGCUGAGUGGGGCUCUGAUUUACCAAGCAUCGACAGUCAUUUAGAAAAUCACAAAAAUGUCCAGAGAGCAAUUGAAGACUUUGAAUCAAGCAUCAGAGAAGCCAAAGCUGCUGAGGGACAGAUGACCCCACCUCUAUGUGAGAGUUAUUCAGAGAAGCUAAACACACUGGAGAGUCAGUACAUCAAGCUCUUGGCCACUUCCAGGGAUCGAGCCUCGCACCUUGACAACCUGCAGAAUUUUGUGACCAGAGCCACCAAUGAGCUUAUCUGGCUGAAUGAGAAGGAGGAGGAGGAGGUGGCUUAUGACUGGAGUGACAGGAACUCCAGCAUGUUGAGAAAGAAAGAAUAUCAUGCUGAUUUGAUGCGACAGCUUGAAGAAAAAGAUGUAGUCAUGAGAUCGGUCCAGGAGAUGGCAGACCAGCUCCUCCUAAAUCGUCAUCCUGCUCGACCCACCGUCGAGGCUUUCAAAGCUGCUAUGCAAACACAGUGGAGCUGGAUUCUACAGCUCUGCUACUGCGUUGAAAAACAUUUGAAAGAAAAUACAGCAUAUUUCGAGUUUUACAAUGAUGCCAAAGAAUCUAUGGAUUACUUGAAAAACCUGCAGGAGACAAUAAAGAGGAAGUACAAUUGUGACAAAUCCAGCAGCCUCGUGAGGCUAGAGGACCUGGUUCAGGAUUCCAUGGAUGAAAAAGAACAACUUCUUCAGUAUAGGAGUAACAUAGCUGGCCUCAUGAGCCGGGCGAAGAACAUUGUGCAACUCAAACCCAGGAACCCUGAAAACCCCACAAGGAUCUCUAUCCCCAUCAAAGCCAUCUGUGACUACAAACAAAUUGAGAUAACGAUCUACAAGGAUGAUGAAUGUGUGUUGGAGAACAGCUCACAUCGAGCCAAGUGGAAGGUCAUCAGUCCCACGGGAAAUGAGGCCAUGGUUCCUUCGGUUUGCUUUUCAGUUCCUCCUCCAAACAAGGAAGCCAUCGAGAUGGCAAGCAGAAUUGAGCAGCUCUAUCAGAAUGUUCUUGCACUCUGGCACCAGUCACACAUAAACAUGAAGAGUGUUGUAUCCUGGCAUUAUCUAAUGAGUGAAAUUUCAACUAUUCGCGCUUGGAAUGUUUCCUCAAUAAAGACCAUGCUACCUGGGGAACACCAGCAGGUGCUAAGCAGUCUUCAGGAGCACCUCAAGGACUUCUUGGAAGUUAGUCAGGAGUCUGAGGUCUUCUUGGCCAAUGAUGGCAACCAGCUCGAGAGAGAAGUCAAGUUCUGUAAGCAGUAUUAUGAAGAUCUGCUCAAAUCAGCUGAAAGAGAGGAGCAAGAGGAAUCUGCUUGCAAUCGGUUCAUCUCAGAGGUACGGAACAUUCGACUUCGUGUGGAGAACUGUGAGAAGCGACUGAUUCGUCAAAUCCGCACACCGCUGGAACGGGAUGAUCUACAGGAGAGCGUGCAAAGAAUCUCCGAGCAAGAGAAAUUGAAGAGCGAACUGGAGGUGCUUAUUGUGGAUCUGGAGAAAGUGACUGCAAAGUGUGACAAAUUCUUUGGACAAGCCUCUUCAUCUUCAGCCCCAACCCUACGCACAGAGCUGAAUGUGGUGCUUCAGAAUCUCAAUCAAGUAUAUUCGUUAUCCUCCAUUUAUUUGGAUAAGUUAAAGACUGUCAAUUUGAUUGUUAAAAAUACCCAGGAAGCAGAGGCUCUUGUUAAACAGUAUGAAACUAAACUGGGUGAGGAAGAUGCAGUACCACCUGACACAGAGGCUAUUCAUUCUCUCCAGAAUAUACUGAAGCAAUGGCGAACUGAAGUGGAUGAGAGGCGUGUUGUCUUCCAUUCAUUAGAAGAUGAACUUCAGAAAGGAAAGGCCGUCAGUGAACGCAUGCUGAGGGCACACAACGAGCGGGACAUGGACAUGGACUGGCACAAGGAAAAGGCAGUUCAGUUGGCUGAGAGAUGGGAAAACAUCCAUUCCCAAAUUGACAACAGGCUGCACGAGCUUGAGAGCAUUAGCAUAUCUCUGAAUUGGUACAGAGACUGUUACAACGAUCUUGAUCAGUGGAUCCGAGAAAUGGAAGCCAUGCAACAGAAGAUGCAAGAACGUCAGCCAGAAGACAUCCUUGCUGAUGAACUCAACCAACAAAAGGUAUUGGCUUCGCAGGUUGAGAUGAAACAGGGCAGAAUGGACGAAUGUCAGAAAUACUCCGACGAAUAUUCCUCUGCUGUAAAGGAAUAUGAGCUUCAGCUGAUGACCUACAAAGCCAUGGUUGACUCCCAGCAGAAGUCCCCAGUCAAAAGGCGCAGAAUGCAGAGCUCUUCAGAUGCCAUUGUGCAAGAGUUUAUGGACCUUCGCACACGCUACACGGCCUUGGUGACCCUGAUGACCCAGUAUGUGAAAUUUGCCAGUGAUGCUUUAAAAAGAUCAGAGGAGGAAGGGAGUUCAGCUGAAGAUGGGAAGGACUGUUUGGUGAAGGAUACUGCUGAGUCUGACCGAGCAGGAGGCUGGAUUGAAGCUGCAUUGGGUGAAGGAAGGGGAGCCUAUCUGGGAAUGGGUGCGGAGUCUCUGCAGACCCAAACAGUGGGAAGGGAAGGCCAAUGCUUGAGCAAUGAAACUGCAGAAGAAGAUGACAAAACUACAAGGCGAGUGAAGGCCCUGAAGAAAUCGUUCCACCAUGAGAGAAGGUCAAACGAUAUAUCUGAUAGACACGGUUGGGAGAGUGUGUCCAAAAUUGAACCAGAGAGAGGGCAGCUUCUACUUCAAAACCCAUGCUUUGCAAAGGAGGCAGUGCAUGAUGUUGAGGGGGAGAAAGCUGGCCGUGACAAGGAAAAGUCACAAAGUGAAGAGGAAAGAAAGGACAAAUCAAUUGUUCCUUUGGGGGCAGCAAGAUUCCUGGAUGGUACCUUUGUUGUUCAAGGGGAAGAUUGGCAAGCAGAAGAGCUUGGAGAUCAGACGCAGUCCAAUAUCCUAAAAUGGCAUGGUACUGAAAUUGCUAGCGAAUCAGCCAGUGAAGAAAUAGAUGCAUCAUGCCCAAAUGUCCAAGGAUCAUACAGAAUGGAGGUAGGACAACUCAGUACAGAAAAUCGGGGCAACCCUGGGGAUGUCACAAAUAGCUGUUCUGGACAGAAUCCAGUCCUAGAACAUAGAACUCAUGUAGAAGACCAGAAUGCAAAUCUGAUGGGAGAGCCAAUGCAUAAAACCAAAGACAGUGCUUCAGCCCAACAAGUAACUUCACCACAAACCGAAUAUAAGGAACGAGAGGAGCCAACUUGUCAAAUGCAACAGAAUGAGAUUAAAUGGCAAUGUGCGGACCACACUGGCGCUGAUACCAAUGAAAACCUACAUCACUUUCAUCCCAUGAUAAAACCUGGAAAAUUGCUGGAGGAAGGGCGUGCAAGCUUCAUACAAGCAGCAGUCGAUGGAAGGUCAGAAAUUUUGAAAGAGGAAACCGUUUACUUCUCAGUUCAUGGGCUGAGAACACACAAGCUAGCUGUGGAGGAGAAGACCAAUUCUGUGCCCCAUGGGAUUCUGCAUGAUUGGAAAGAACGACAGUCAGACAACCUUAAAAUGAAGCUGGAUGGAGCAGCCCAGCACAGUGAAGGGCUACAGGGUUAUGUGGAGGAGGGUUUGCAGCAUGUGGAGGAGUUGUUAGUAAAUGUGAGGCCAGCUGUUGAAGACAAAUAUUUGUUGGCAAAUCCAACAGAUUUGGAAUUUUACUCACCACUUGUGAACAAACCAAUAUGUCUGGUUAAGUCUGACCAAUUGGCAUUUGAACAAAAUUCCGAGCAGGGAGCAGACGUGAGAAAGCAGAGCGGAGCUGAGGAAAUGGCUGGGGGAGACAUGGUGAAGCGUUUAGUUCACCAAGUUUCCUGUAAGGGAGUCACAAGGACAUUAGAAGAUAAAGGAUCUAUUUCACUGGCGCCAGACGCUGAAGGCAAAUAUGAGAUGCUCAAAGGCACUGAUCAAACUGACUCCUUCUCCAAAACUGCAGGCAUUGAACCACCUCGGAGACAUGAGUUAUCAGAUGCUGACUAUGUCAGCCGACCCAUUCCAUUCGAUGAAUGUGUUGAUGGCCUUCAUAAACACAUACCUGUUUGCCAUGCUGAAGAAUUGGGAGAUGCAUGUGAUGGGAUUGCCCAGUUUGGGAGCAUGUGGAAGAAGAUUCCAGAACAAGUGAAACGCAUGAAGGAAAACAGUUCCACUGUGAAACCUCAUUUCGUGGAAGAUAGACCUGACGUAUUUGCAGCAGUGAAUUGCCAUGGGUUUGAGAUUGCUGAGACACCACUUGAAUCUGGCGAAAGUGAGGAAGAAUUAGGAGAAAGUGCUGAAGGCAGAAUGAAGAUUAAAAAACCCAAGAGUAACGAGAAUGAGAGAACAAAAUCCAGCGACUCCAUUUUGCAAGCUACAAUUAAAUUGGUUCCUAAUGGCCAGUCAGUUUGCAGUGAAGGUAACCAGUGGGCUGUUGAAGGGUCUAAAUUUAGUGUGGAGCCAACUGUGGAAGAUCAGUUUCAGCUGCAUGAAGAACACUUCCCUAAAUCCAAGCUUUUAAUUCAGGACUGCACCAUGGACAUUCAAGAAAGAAGCGUGACAUCGCAGCACGUUUAUCAAGGUAGGAAAUUCCAGAUUAAAAAGGAGAAACUGCAGGAGGAACUUGCCGACAGCAUCAUGUGUGAACCGCCAAAGACUGGCGAGGUGAAGAUUGCCCCAUCCACUGCCACUGAUAAAACCGGCAUGGUCAUACAGCCUGAGAGGAAUGCUGGUGAAAAAGUGAUGGAGAUAGAUAGCGAUAGGCCAGCUCAAUCCAACCAAAGUGAAACCAAGCCAGUGGGGCACCUCCAGAACCUGCCGGCGUCAGCAGACCCAGUGCUCCCUGUCAGAAGCCAGCAAAGCCCGAGAAUGCAAGGAGCUCCUGAUGGGAUGGAUCAGGGGGAAGGCAUGACUGGACUCCAAAGAGAGUCUCCGAGAAAUCAGGAAGCACCAAUGGAAUUGAGCGCUGAAGUGGAUAUAUGUUGUGAAGUGGAUGGAAGUGCCCAGCAGGAGGUGGUCAGAGUGCCGGCAUUGUUGAAAGGGCAGAUGAUGGAAGAAUGUUGUGAAGUGGAAUACAGCCUGAAAAAUAGGCCCAGAAGCAAUGGCAAAAGUGGAAGUUUCCCAAGACAAGUUGAAGAGAAAUCGGUAGAAGAAGCAAAGCAAGAGCAUGUUGAUAAAGUUGGCGAAUUGUUGAAGUGGGUGUCCGAGAAGAGCAAGAGCUUAGCUAAGAGACAGCUCGAAUCUCCAGCAGCUGAGCCAGGUGGAGUGGAAACGUCGCUUUCUGAGAAACAGGUGCUUUGUGUGGAAUUGUCGAACAAGAAAGACCAGAUUGCUGAAGCUAUCCAAAUGACACAGAUCUUCUUGGCUAAACACAGUGACAAGAUAUCGGAAGAAGAUAAACAACAAAUGGAGAAACAGCUCGAGUCUCUUCAGGAAGCUUAUGAUAAGUUGUGUGAGGAGACUUCUGAUGACCUCCAGCAAGCACAGAGCACACUAGCUGAAGAGGCAGUGGAGAAGGGCUAUGAAACCAUUGCAGGUGUUAUUGACCUGGCAACUGGGACGGUUUAUCCAGUCUUCCAUGCAAUACGUAAUGGUCUUAUUGAUUAUGACACAGGGAUGAUCUUGCUGGAAGCUCAGGUCAUUGUGUCAGGCCUUAUUCUUCCAAAAACAAGACAGUGCCUUGGUAUGGAAGAAGCUUUGAGAUGUCAGUUAAUAGAUGGAAAGAUCUUCAAUCAACUGGAGGAAUUGAGUAAUUCUGCCAAACUUAUUUCAAGCGCCUUGUGUGAAACAAGUGAUGUCCAUUCUGUUGUCAGUGCUAAUGAUCACAAUACAGUCUCAGAGAUUUCAGUCAUUAAAGUCCUGGAGGCACAGUUUGCCACUGGAGGCUUAAGAGUACCAGCUACAGGUGAAAAACUCUGUCUUGAGGAAGCUUUUCAGAGAGAAUUCAUCACCGCUCAACUGUACUUCAAACUGCUAGAGAGGCAGAAGAUGUGCAAGGAGCUUAUUGAUCCAAAUAUGGCCGAGAAAGUAUCAUUAAUGGAAUUAAUGCAAAGAGUCGUUGUGGACAAAGAAACUGGUCUAAGGUUGCUUCGUGUGAAGCAACAAGAAUGGGGCACAAUCACCUUGAAAUCUGGCAGACAGGUCAGUGUUUUCCGGGCAGUCCAUGAAGGUCACAUAGACCGGGAAGUGAUGAUCAGGUUUCUCGGAGCUCAGCUGUUUGCUGGCGGGCUUAUUGAUCCUCAAACAGGAGCUCGACUAACAGUAGAUGAAGCUUUGGAAUGUGGCCUCAUCGAUCACGAAACAGCUUCUGGCCUCCUCGCUCAUCAAGUUCAAACAGGAGGCAUAAUCAACCCAGCCACUGGCGGGAGGUUAACCAUGGAUGAAGCUGUGCAGUGCAAUUUAAUAACGCCAAGUAGUGCACUUUUAGUCCUAGAAUCACAGAGGGUAUUUAUGGGACUCAUUUGGCCUGAUUCUGGAGAAAUAUUUUCUAUAGAUACUUCUUUGCAACAAGGAGUGGUAACAAAUGAAUUAGCCCACAAAAUCCUGAACAACAGGCAAAAAAUAGCAGCUCUUUACAUCCCUGAAAGCUCAUCAGUGCUCACACCUGAGGAGGCUAGCAGGCUAGGUAUAAUUGACAAGAAGGCAGCACAUAUUCUAAGCACAGCAACAAUGCCUGACUUAAUGCCUGGAGCCAAACACUUUCAGUCUUUGCAGGCAGAUAUCUCAAACUGGAGAUCAAAUCCUGAAGUCCAAACUUGUGCUACUAUUGACACUACUGAUGUUGAAAAAAGAGGAAAAAAUGAGAAUUCAACUCAGAGUCAGAUGGAGGUGCAACAGAAAUUCAUAUCUUACUUAAUGAUGCACAGCUAUAUGGAUGCAGGUUCAGGAAGGAGGCUACUGUUGGCCAAUAGUGACUUGAAUGAAAAGGUUAAAAUGGUGAUGGAAGCAAGUGGUGAAGAUGUUCCAUUAGAAAAUUGGCAAGAAUAUCUUCAUAUUCAAGAUGUCAGUGGACUUGAAAACCACUUGGAGGCCAAAGAAAUUUCAAAAAAUAUUGGCAUCCUUAAAAGCCAUACUAAUUCUGAAAUGUGGGAUCCAGAUGAUAUGGAAGAAAAGCAGACCAUUGAUGCACCAGGUGAACAUUGUGGGAAUAUCAGUAGUGAAGCAUUAUAUUGGAUGCCCGGUGCACAACAGUUUCCAACAAAUGAACUUGGAGAGUUUGCUUAUUCUCAGAGAAUGGAUAGCCCAGGAAAUCAUGUAAUUAACACCAAAGAACAGGGUGGGGCUGAAGCAAUUCAGGCAAUUGAAAUGUUGGACAAUUUUGCGGAUUCUCUUGAAGCACCGACUUUUAAUGGAAAUUUGAGUGUGCAUCCAGACCUUAAUGAAAGUAUUAUAUUGGCCAAGCAAACUGGCAACAUUAAUCCUGUUGAAAGUGAUUUAGGAAACGAAUUGAGAAAAAGUAUGGCAGCUCCAAAAGAUGAUAAACUUACACAAGUGGUAACUACAGCUUUGCAAACUGCAGGUUUGUACCAAGGGGACAAAGUGGCUAUCACCUUGUCUUCAGCAGAACAGCCGGCAGCUGAAGUCACGCAUAGGUUUCCAAUGGAGCAAUUGUUUCCAGCACAUGAAAGUAGGAAGCUCAGCCCACUUCCAUUGGAUAUGGACCUCCAAAGUGAGUUUGGAGAAGACCUGAGUAAAAUGCUGGGUUUUGAUGGAUCGCCAGGUCUGCAAGGUGGUGAUAAUAUUGGCAACAGCACCCAAGAUUUUAAAGACACAUUCGCGAUCUACGCAGAACAUGCUAACAAAACUGCAAACAAUUGGAAUGCUCAACAAUCUAUGGAAGCUUCACAAAUGGAAGAAUCUAAUGAUGUAAGCAGAAGACAAAGUAUUGCUAAGCCGUCAGUAGACCAUCAGAAUAACAUGGCAGAUGAAACUGUGCAAUCAAUUCCUUUGGAACUACAGCUUCCAACUGGGGAAGAUGAAUUUAUUUUACAUCCAUUGGAAACUGUUGCAGGAACAAGCAAAGAGCUUGUAUGUGGAAAAACUAAAAUAAGGACAGUUGAAACUUUAGAAGACAUUGGAGUUGCACAUGAAAUGGUGUAUCUCAUUGGUACUCCUAAUGCAGAGCAAUUAAGUGAAGAUGUUAAGAUAGAUGAAGCAAUGAAGGCGAAGGGUGAAGAAUGGUAUUUUAAAGAUGGCAAGUAUAUACCUGCUGAUGAAGAUACACUAGAAGAUACCAAACUUGAAAACCAGGUCAGCUUUCAUAAAUUCAUAGAAACAAACAUAGAUUCCCCAAUUAUACAAGGCAGCAUGGAGGAAAUAUGGGAUGUAAUUGGUCCAUCAGUGGAAGAGCAUCUCACUGUAACCAAUGAAAUCUUGCGUUUGAGCCCUACAGAAAAUGGAAACAAAAGUGCACACUCUACAGAUGGUACAGAGAGCCAUGAAGAUGUAAAAUAUAAAGUAAUAAGGAUCAUUGAAACACUAGAUGACAUAGGGGACUUAGAAGAUAAAGUCGAGAUUGCUGAAGAACCUAUUGUUAUAAGUUCAUUAAAGAACGAGAAGCCAUAUUCCAAUGAAGAUUACAGCGAAGAUGUGUUCAGAAAUGGAUUGAGUGGACCCACUAAUUUAGUUGAAGGUGACAGCAUUCACCAGUAUACAGAUGCUGAAUAUGGGAGGAACAAAUCAAUUAUGAGUGUGAAAGGAUUGGAGGAUAUUGCAGAGACCCAGGAAAUGUCAUGGUUUGUUGGAGACUUUACAGGAAAAAAAGAAACUCAAAUGUUUAGUCCUUCUGGAAUUGAAGGCAUUAAGGGUGUAUUUGAACCUUCCAUACAAAUGGCAAGUGGUGAAGUGGUUUUUCUAAAUGAUGAAGAAUUUAAUUCAAAUAGCAAUGAGCAAAACCAGGACCAUCAGAUAUAUCACCAAGACUUUGGAAUAAUAAAAGGUGAGCAGGAAGAGCAAAUGCAAGUGAAUAUUGAGUCUGUGGAGGAAGCCAUGCAGAGUUGUGGAGCAUUUGAACAGGAUGCAUCAGGAGGUAACCUAACAAUGCUAGAUACGAUGAUAAAGAAUUGCUGUGUCGAUGUAAGAUGUAUGUUGCAAGUGGAACCAAGUGACUGUGCAGUGACAUUGAAGAAUGCUGAAGACAUUCAAAGAGUUAAUGGGAGAAAUUUGUACGUCUUGGAAGAGGAGGAUGAGGAAAACAAUAGGCAAAUUAUUUGUUUUGAGGCAGUUGGGGAUUGGAAAUGGGACCGAUCAGCUUUGAUAAAACAGCGCAAAUUAGAAGUUGAAACAGGUGGAAUAUUUGACCCUGUUACUGGUAAAAGGUACACACUUGAAGCUUCCUUGGCACGUGGGCUUUUGGAUGAGGAGAUGGUCGUGGAUAUUUUAGUUUCACAGUUCCAAGAUGGAGGAAUCCUUUUUGAAGAGAGUGGUGAAAAUUUAACUCUUAGUGAAGCAGUGGCAAAGGGAUGUCUAAAAAAUCAUGUUGCCAUCAAAGUAUUAGAUAAGCUUGGACUGGUAGGAGGAUUCUAUAAUUCUGGUACAGGCGAAAUAAUGGAAGUGGCAGAUGUUGCAGAACAUUUAAUAAAUGAUGACCUCCUGACAAAGAUAUUGCUUUCUGAAAAAAUUGUCUCUGGUGUUAUUGACCCAGAGACCAACAAACUACACAAUGUUCAGGAUGCACUAAGACUUGGUAUUUUGAACUCUCGUGCGGCUCGGCAUUUGCUAGAAGGCCAAAUUAUUUCUGGUGGCAUUGUAGAUCUUAAACAAGAAGGUAGGUUAUCAGUGGCUGAGAUCUCAACACUUUUUCUGGUAGAUGAAAAGACUGCUGAACAAUUGAUCAAAAUAGAAAAGGCAAAAAGUGGAGGACAAGUCGAUGAGGUGACCAAAUUGAGGGCACUAAACUACCAGUUUGAAAUGAAUGGCAUAUUAGAUCCACAAACAAAACAACCUUUGUCUGUGAUUGAAGCAGUCAGCAGAGGGCUUGUGGAAAGAGAUGUCAUGCUAAGUGUUCUUCGUAAGCAAGUUGAAGAUGGUGGUAUCAUUCAGCAUAAAUCAGGGCUUCGCCUCUCUGUAACUAAUGCUUUAAGGCAUGGUUUAAUUAAUGAAGACUUAGCUGAUGACCUGUUUGAGUUGGAAGCAUCAUGCCAAAGUAUUCACACUUCAAGUGCUGGGAGGAAUUUGUGUUCUCAGGAUAUUGCACAGAGUUUAAAUUUUCCAGUGGAAGUUGAAAGGGACCAGAAAUUGAAUGAACUCGUCACUGAAUUUGAAAAUGGAAAAUCAGCAAUACAAAUAGAAUCUGUUGAAGGAAAAUUAUUUGAUGACAGUUUGAAAAAAGAAAUGAACCUUUAUGAAAGCCAGAACAAUAUUGAUGAGAGUCAGUUGAACAUUAUUCCUUACUCCGAUUUGGUGAGGAUAAGUAAAAUAGAUAUAAACACUGGGCGAAGAUACAUGGCAGUUAAACCUCAUGAAGAAAUUUUGAAUGUGAAAAAUGUUAAAUCAAUGUCAAAAUUGAAAGAUGUAGAUGUACAUCUGGCUAUGGCUUGUACCACUCUCAGAAAGGAGUUAAAUGAUCAAACAUUGAUACGUGUCAAAGAAGAUGAAAUCACUGUUCAAGAUUUCAUAACAAGGAGUGAUCAGAACCUUCAGAUAAGUUCUUCACCUUCUAGUUCCUCAGUUCCAGAAAGUAACCAAGAUAGUUCCCUCCACAUUGUCCAGCCUUCUCCUGCAACUCAAACCUCUGAGGAAGAUUUGCCUGGUAAACUGGACUACCUUUCAUCCAAAUCACCUUAUGUCAAAGAUUCACCACAAGGUGACUUUUUCUCAUACAUUCGAGAAUGUACAUCAGAUAUUGAGCUGGAGGUUGAAUUGGCUGAAAAAGAAAAUGCUUUAUCAAGUGAAGAGGGGGAGCUGAAUGAAGAGGUUGGAGAACUGACUGUGAAAACACUUAUGAAAGGAACGGGUACAGAAGAGUUGGAGCUGAAUAAUCCUCCAAGCAGCACCAAGGCCCAAGAUCUAAUGAGUACCGAAGGAAACUGUAGUUUGGAAGGAGAUGUUGAGGGAGGAGACCCUAGUGUGAAGCUCAGCCUACACAAUAAAGAGCAAUUAAAUGGGAUUUUCAAAGAGAGUAAUCAAGGUACACAAAAUUCCGAAUGUGGUGACCGUGCAAAAGGGUUUGAACAAAAUGUAAAUAUAGCUAUGACUGUGGGGAAUGUGCUGAAAGCUGUGUGCAUGAAACUCAGUGAUGCAUUCAAAAGCAGACCAAGUGAUGAUAAGGAAAAUUCAACUGAGGCUACAGUGAUGAAUGGUAGCAGACAAGAAAGAAAGGUUGUUGCAACAUUAAAUGAUGAUAAUGCAGAUUUAGAAGCAAUGGCAGAACUUGCACAAAGGGUGAAAGAAAUGGAGAACAAAAUGCCCAGAGCAGGAGGAAAUGAGGGAGAGGUGUCAGCCUAUGGCAGUCAAAAUUCAUUGGUGGAAUCUGAAAAUCUGUUGUGUCAAGAAAGAAUUGAUGAAGAAAUGCAAGACCAGGAUGUUAAAGGAGGUCAGAAGCUUGAGAAGUCAUUGGAUUCAUUUGAACUUGAAGAAAAAGCCAACUUGGUUAUAGAAGAAGAAAGUCUUGUCCAUUCAGAGAAUGUGCUUGGUUUCACAAUUGGUGAAGAUGAGCCUGUCGAAAAUACAGAUGUUCAAAGGGUAGUUGAAGUAAAUAUUGAAACUGGUGAUGAUAAGGAAGCAGACCUCUCCAGUUUAAUGGAAUGCAGUAGAGAGGUGGAAGGUGGUGCUGCAAUGCCUGUUGUUCAGGAUGUGGUGACAUGUGGUGAUGCUCAGGCUGCUAUGAAAAAAUCAGAACUUCUCCUUAACUGCCUGAAGCAAGAAUUUCUUAAUGAAGAGUUUAGUGAAUUUGAUUUGAAGGAUGAUAAGCCAUCAAAAAUAGCAGAUUUGCUUGCUAGUUUGAAGCCUGAAAUGAUGAGUGCACAGGUGCAGGAAAUGCUUUAUGCUUUAUCUGAGGAGCAAGAUCCUGGCAGUGUAAAAAGUCAGGAAAUGAUCAGCAGCCUGACUGAUGAGCUUUUCCACUAUAUAAAAAAUGAAGUGCCUGGUUCGAUGGAGGACAGGUUCUUAAACAGGCAAGUGAAAGAAAUGCUUCGUGAAAGAAUUCUGGUGCUACUCAGCACUGCAGAAACUCCUCAAGAUGUAUCGCAGCAAACAACCAAGGAGAAACGGGAUAACAUGAAUCAAAUAAUUCAGGUGAAAGCAAAUGGAGAAAGUGUAGCUGGGUAUGAAAAUGGGAAUCCAGUGACUCAUUCUGGUUCCAGUACUGGCAUGUUGGAAUCACGAGAAGGUAUUGAGAAUGUAGUUAUUUGUGACAGUCCAUCAAAAGUUAAUGUGUUUAAUAAUGAUAAAAUUGGUGAUACCAUAAAUGGAAUGAGAAAAAUAAAACAAGAAAGACAAGGAGUUGAUUCAGUAAGGCAAUCUGCUGUUUUUGAUGAAAUGGAGUCACUGGAGGAUACUCAGGACAAAGGCACCUUGGAGGAUACAUCAAAUAACAUUUGGAUUAACAACAAAGGUGCUGGUGAAUUGAAGGAAGUGUUGCAGUUCAGGAAAGGUGGACAAGGUAUAAAUGAGAAAGAAAAUGAGGAAAUACAAUCUGAUUCUCUUGAUCAAAUGGACUUGCUAAGCAAUAUUCAGGGGAACACUUCCAAACUAGCAUUGAAUGAUUUCUGUGUUAAAGACAAUGAAGGUGGCAGUGUGAAGGGAAAGAUAGAGAUGCUGCAUGGCCAAAAUAUACAUGAGGGCAAAAAUGAGGAUUUGCUGAUGCACUCUCCUCCUUCCAGUGACAAAGAGGAAUUUCUCAAAGGCACUCAAGGAAAUGCUUCAAAUAAUGUCUGGAAUACAAAUAUGAUGAAUGAAAGAGAAAUUCAAUCAAAUGGACAAAGUACAGAUGAGGGAACUAAGGAAGAUUCAUUUGCAAUGUUAUUUGGUAAUCCCGAUGAAGUGGAAUCACCAAUGGAGGACAUUCAGGAGAAAAUCACUUUUGAAGAUGCACCAAACGGCGUGUGGACUAACGACAAUAAAGAUGACUUAAAGGAAGUAAGAACAAAUGGACAAAAUCUAAAUGAAGCCAAAAUUGAGGACUUAGUGCUGCAGUCUCACAAUGCAUCUGCUGAAAUGAAACCAUUGGAAGGCACUGGGGAGAAGACCACUGAUAAAACUGAACAGCAUGAGGACCAUGAGAUUGUUGAAGGAGAUGGACAGCCUUGUAACAUUGCACAGCAGUGUUUGCAACAUACGGAGAAACUGCGAGCACACUUGACAUUGCUCCAAGAUAGGAAGAUUCAGCUGGAGAGUCUGCAGCCUGUUGACAGCAACCUGGAAAUCCUUCAAGAACAACUAGAUUAUCACAAUUUAUUGAAGUGUGAGCUGGAGGAGCCUGUAACACGCGAUCUGAGAGCAGCAGAGAGAUUCCUGGAGGACGUUCACCUGGACCCUGAUGAACCAUUACUGAAGAAUUUGGAAACUGACUGUAAAGAUUUACAAACAUCUCUCGGGGACAUGAUUGAUGUUUGUACGAGCAGGGUCGAGACCUUGUCAAGCGCCAUUGAAAUAGAACAGUUUAAGAUCAAGUCGACACAUCGGGAACUCUUUGUCGCACUGGAUCAGCUUUCUGGACACAUUCAAGAAAAUGCUGUUAUAUUAGAAACGCUGCUCACUGACACUGCUGGUGAUCUGGAAGCUCUGAAAAGUCGUAUGCAACAGCACAAGGAUUUACAGAAAACCUUCAGUGAUUUGAAAAUUCAGCUGGAAGCCACCGCAUUUGACGUACAGUUCUUUGUCUCUGAGCACGCACUGGAUCUUGCCCCUCAGGAGAACAGGAAACUGCUCAAACUCUUGAAUAGCACUCAGACAUCUUUUAAAAGUGUGAUGGAAAAGCUAACAGCGCAGGUGGAGGUUUUGAGUCUUCAGUUGCAGACCAGACUAGAGCAAGAUAAUCAGAAGGCCUUCGAAGAAAAGCAAGGAGAAUGUAACAAGAGACUUCAGGAGAUGUGUGAUAUGUUGAUGGUGACUGAAAAUAAAAUAAUUGACUAUGAGAGUGGGAUGUCCAUUACUGUUGAUGACUUAGCUGAUUUACAACAGCAUCAGAUGGAACACCAGUCCUUGCAAAGGGAAAUCCAGGCUAAUGCAGCCACUUUAGCAAAUGUGGUUAGUGCAACUGAACAGUUCCUGGAGAAGAAUGGGGACAAACUGCAACCAGAAGCAAAAGCAGCAAUGGACAAGAAGCUGAAGGAAGCCAAGUCGAAGCUCAGUAUGUUAAGUGAGCAAGUAGAUUCCAAGCUCAAGAAUCUGGACAAUGCUGUAACAACUGCUCUUAAACAGGAGACUGAGAAGGCUGCAGCAGUUGAACAAUUGAAGGAAAAUGAGAAUAAAAUUCAAGGACUCUUGGGUUGGUUGUCCAGCAUGGGACAGGAGCCAGCCAUUGAACAGAAAAGAAAUGAGAUAGUGCAGCAGAAUGGCAACACCAUUUUUGUGGAUGGACUGAAGAGACUGGAGAAUGAGGAUACGGUUAAUGGAAACCUACCUCGUGACUUGAGUGAGACUAAAGGAGAUGAAACAAUGGAACCAACAUCUGAUGGGGAUUUGAAUUAUCAGUACCAAAAAGCCAAGCUUCUUCACCAACAAGUUAUGUCAAAACAGCAGUCCUACAUUAUAUCUACACAAUCAGUCCAGGACUUCCUGAAGAAGCAAGGUUCCAGUAUUUCUGCAGAGGAGCGAGAGAAAUUGGAGCAGGACCUGAACGAGUUGAAGGUUCAAUAUGAGACCACGCUGGCGCAGUCGGAAACCAGACUGAAACUGAUACAGACCGUACAGGAUGAACUGCAAAAGUUUUCCGCCGACUACAAUGAAUUUGAAAACUGGUUGCACCAGUCCGAACAGCAGCUGGGCGAUCUCCAAUCUGGUGCCACUGAUGUCGAAACUUUUGUUGGCAAGCUGCAAAGGCAGAAAAGCUUCUCUGAAGAUGUCAUCUCUCACAAAGGCGACUUAAGGUACAUCACCAUCUCAGGGCAAAGAGUCCUCGAUGCUGCUAAAUCCUGUGGUAAAUUGGACCUGGACAAAGAUGCAAAGCCUUGCAUUGAUACGUCUGCUACUUGUGCCCUGGUACAGAGGCAACUGGAGGUGGCCAGUGACGGUUAUAAAUUGCUGUACUCUAAGUGCAAUGCCUUGGGUAAAAAUCUCAAAGAUAUGGUGGAUAAUUACAGCCAAUACCAAGAAAUCUCAGCCAGCCUUCUACCAUGGCUUCAAACCACCGAGGAAACUGCAAAAAUCCAGUUGACUGAGGCCAUUGCUGCCGAUCCCAAAAACCUUCAGAAGCAACUGGAGCAAGUCAAGUCUCUGCAGGAUCAGAUGUCUGGACACCAAAGUGUUGUUGAGAAGCUAAGGAAAACAGUUGAUGCACUUAUCAGUACUGCUGGGGAUCUCCUACUGAAUCGUGAUGAAAUCCAAGAUAAUUUGGAUGAUGUUGUGUUGAGAUACGAGAAUCUAUCCAAAUCGACCAGUGACCGCAAUGAAAAGCUACGGAUGACACUCACGCGGUCCCUAAGUGUUCAGGAUGGUUUGGAUGAAAUGCUUGACUGGAUGGCAAGUGUUGAAAGGAGCCUAGAAGAUGAAGAAGAGAUGCCUUUGAAUUCUCCUGCCAUUCAAGAGGCCUUCAAUAAAAAUGCUGUACUAGAACAGAACAUUGCCAGUCGCCAAAGCAGUAUCAGUGCAAUUAAAGAGAAAGCAAACAAGUUCAUCGCAACAGCGGACAUGUCCAGUGCCUCUGCAUUACAAGCAAAAGUGGACGACCUCGCCAAACGAUUCACCUCAGCCAGCAGCCGACAGAAGGAAAGAACAGCCAAACUGGAAAAACUCAGAGAUAAAGUAGAGCUUUUUGAGAAGACUUACCAAAAAAUCGAGCAAUUUGUAACCAAGAAAUCUCUGUCUCUCCCUGAAAUUGAUGGCCCGGGAAAAGAUGUCACUGAACUCUCGCAGCACAUGCAGGAAAUGAAUGCUGAGCUAUUGGACCAAAAUAAAGACCUGAACACAUUAAACCAGUUGGCUGAGGAGUUGGGGGGUUGCGCUACAGCUAAAGAACGGACACGGAUCCUCAACAAAGUCAAUACUCUGUCAAAGAAUUUUCAAGAACUGGAAGAAGCUACCAAGAAAAAAGAGGAAAAAUUAUCCUGUUGCCAAAAUCAGACGGAUCAAUUUAAAACCUUGCUGAUGUUGUUCAAAAAGUGGGUGGAGGGGAUGAACUCAAGGAUUCCAGUUAUAGAGCCAAACCUAACUACAGAAACUCUUCAGGGGCAUUUGUCCCAUGCUCAGGUCAUGCUCAAUGAGUGGUCAUCGAAAGCCUCCGAGGUUGAGGAAAUUAAUCAGAAAGGAUCAGCUUUAUGUCACCUAAUCAAUACACUGACUUCUUCAGCCCACCCGAGGACGAUAUUCAAAUCAGACACACAAGUGAUAAACGGUGGGGGAGCAGACUCUGCAGUCUGUGAUUCCAAAGAUCUGAUUGCUAUCAAACAAGACAUUGCAGAUGUGAAUCAUCAAUAUGAAGAAGUGGGAGGCUUGCUGAAAGACAAGGUGAGCCAGCUGGAAUCCAUGCUGAUUCAAAGGCAGCAAGUCCAGGAGGAAGCCCAUUUGGUCAAGGAAUGGUUGGAAUCGAUGGACAAGAAAACAGCAUCUUGGGAUACAUUACCAACUGAGACUGAAGCUAUAAAGGAACAAGUUGAGCAACAUAAGGCAUUUGAAGCCGAGUUGAACCAAAACACUGGCAAAGUUGGACAGGUAAAAGAGAAGUUGACGUUGUUGCUGGAGGAGAACACAGACGCUCCUGAAGCUGGGAAAUGGAGGCAGAUGUUGGAUGAUAUAAAUUCAAAAUGGCAACAGGUCAGCCAGUCGGCAGCUGAACGGCAGCAGAAGUUGGAGGAGUCGUCCAGUUUCCUCCUUCAGUUUGAAACAGCAGAGAUGCAGCUCAGCCAGUGGCUUGUUGAAAAGGAACUAAUGAUGAACGUGCUCGGACCACUCUCCAUCGAUCCACAUAUGUUGAAUAAUCAAAAACAACAAGUUCAGAUACUGCUCAAGGAGUUUGAGACUCGAAAACCACAACAUGAACAGCUGAAAACAGCGGCCGGCGGCAUCUUGAGUCGGUCAGAUGUCCCUACUCCGGCCUGCAAAAUUGUGAGUGACCAGUUGGCUGCCGUGAUGCAAAAGUGGGACAGCUUAACAGGGCAGCUGGUUGACCGAUCCGACCUCAUCGAUAGGGCCAUCAUCAAAAGCACCCGGUACCAGAACCUAGUUUGUGACCUCUCGGGCAGGCUGAGAGCCCUGGACAUUAAGCUAGCCAGUCAGCCACCCAUCGGCUCCCAGCUCCAAGCUGUGAAAUCCCAACUGGAGGCAGCCAGUGAAAUCCGGUCGGAGGUGGAGCAGGAGGAGAAAUGCGUGCAGGAGGCCCAGACACUCUGCGAGGAGAUCGCAACCCUCGUUGGUGAGCAGUACCUGAAAGCCGAGCUUAGCAGGCAAUUGGACAAUGUCUUGAAGCCCUUCCGAGAUCUGGAGGAAAGAGCAGGAAACCGAGUCCAUCAGCUACAGUCAGCACUUGCUAAUUCCGAGCAGUUUCAGCAGAUGUUCGAUGAUUUUCAGUCCUGGAUGGGUAGAAAGCGCAGUGAGCAGGACCAAAGAGCUCCCAUAUCUGCCAAACUCGAGCGUCUGCACUUGCUGAUUGAUGAGCAGGCAGAAUUUCAGAAAUCCUUGGCCCAGAAAGCUGGGUCCUAUGAGAUGAUCCUCGUGGAAGGUGAGGCUCUCCUUCAGAAUAUGCAGCCCGGGUCUGAGAAAACUGCCUUGCAGGGUCGGCUGGGAACCCUCCGAGCCGACUGGGAAGAACUGGCCAAGCACGUAGAAGCAAGACAAGAAAAGCUGAGGGAUUGUUUCCAGAAAUCCCAAAAGUACAGAGAAAGUUUCGAACACUUACUACCAUGGAUACAAGAGUGUGAAGCAAAGGCUUCUCAGGUACCAGUCUGCAGUGAUGCCACAGAAAUCGAGUCUUCAUUGACAAACAUUAGAGGUUUACAAGAUGAUGUGGACAAACAUCGUAGGGCUUUAGAGUCUCUAAAUAAUGCUGCCGAUAGCUUGAUUGAAGCUAGUCAGGCUGAUUUAGGUGAUAUCCAGAGUGAGAAGGCUUCAGUCAAUCAGAAGGUUGAUCUGAUCAAUGAACAGCUCCGCCUCAAAAUCGAUGCCCUGGACGAGAUGGCAAAAUGCAUGAAGGAGUUUCAGAAUUCUCUCAAAGAUGCCAAGAAGCAACUAGACGGAGCUAAGCAGCAACUUGAAUACCAUGAUGCCCUAGGACCCCAGGCAUACAGUAAUAAGUGCCUGACCAACAUGAAUGCCCAACAGAAGGCUCUUCAGGCUUUGACGCCACAAGUGGAAAAUGUCAAGCGCCUUGCUCAGAGAUUGGCUGCUGGUACCUCAGAUGGAGCAGGCACGUCCUUGAUCCUACAGCAGGCCAACACCUUGCAAGAAGAUUAUGGAUCAGUGAGCCAGCAAGUGCGGGAAAGGUGCUGCUUCUUGGAGACCAAGCUCCAAGGCAUCGGGCAGUUUCAAAACAAUAUCAGGGAGAUGUUUUCCUUAUUUGCUGACCUCGACGAUGAAUUGGACAGCAUGGCUCCUGUGGGAAGGGAUCUGGGCUGUCUACAUGUCCAGAAGGAUGGCAUCCGAGAGUUCAUUGUAAGACUUCAGGAGCUGACAGCAAGCAUUGAAGGUGCAAAGAAAGAGGGCAAGCAGAUGCUGGAGUCGGCAAGUUCUCCAGAUUUACUGGGGUUAAAACGGGAUUUGGAUGCUUUAAGCAAACAGUGCAAUAAACUGCUGGACAGGGCAAUGAUCAGACAGGAGCAGGUGGAUACCAACCUUGCUCGGGUUGAGGAAUUUGACAGUAGAUGCAAGACGCUCAACGAGCUGAUGGAAAUUGCUGAGGAGCAUGAGGAGAGCCAGGGCAGCGUCGGGACGGAAACAGAUGUCAUCAACCAACAACUGGAAUCAUUCAAGGUAUUUCAGAAGGAAGAAAUUGAACCACUUCAGACUUUGCUCCAAGAAGUUAACCGACUUGGACAAGGAUUGAUCCAGAGUGCUGCUAAAAACACCAAUAUCCAGAAGUUGGAGCACAACCUUGAAGAAGCAAAUACACGAUGGAACACCUUAACAACAAAGGUUGCAGAACGAGCCGCCAAGCUGCAGGAAGCCCUCGUGCAUUGUGGGAGGUUUCAGGAUGCGCUCGAAUCAUUAAUCAGCUGGCUAAUGGAUACCGAGGAACUCGUAGCGAACCAAAAGCCACCUUCAGCUGAGUUCAAAGUAGUGAAGGCUCAGAUUCAAGAACAAAAGCUUCUCCAACACUUGCUGGAUGAUCGCAAACCAACUGUGGAGAUGAUCAAACGAGAAGGAGAGAAGAUUGCUGGUUUGGCCGAUUUGACAGACCGCGAGAAGACACUGAAUCAACUGCAAGGCCUGAGUCGUAGAUGGAACUCCCUGCUGACCAAGGCUGAAAACAGACAGCGGCAGUUGGAGGCCAUAUUGGUAGUGGCUCAGCAGUUCCACGAGACUGUGGAACCUUUGAUUGAAUGGCUCACUGCUGCUGAGAAAAAGGUUGCAAACUCUGAACCUAUUGGCACUCAAACUACCAGACUGCAAGAGCAGAUUUCCCAGCAUAAAGCCAUGGAAGAUGAUGUCAUCAGUCACGGUAAACAGUUGCACCAGGCUAUUAGCAUUGGCCAGUUGCUAAAGACUAUGAGUUCCAGAGAUGAUAAAGACAUGUUGCAGGGAAGGCUGGAUUCUGCCCAGACUCGGUACAUUGAGAUCCAGGACAGGUAUGGCCGCAAAGCCGCCCUGAUCCAGCAGGCCCUCUCCAAUGCCUGGAUCUUUGGAGAGGAGGAAGUAGAGGUUCUGAACUGGUUGGCUGAAGUGCAGGACAGACUCAACAAUGCGGCCAUUCAAGACUACAAUCCUGAUCAUCUUCAAAAACAACAUUCCGAGCAUCUGGCCCUUCACGAGGACAUCAUGCUUCGGAAGCAGCAUGUCGAUCAGGCUGUUAAGAACGGAUUAGCUCUCCUGAAACAGACAACAGGAGAUGAAGUUAUAAUCAUUCAAGAAAGGUUAGAUGGCAUCAAAGCUCGCUAUGCUGAAAUUGCCACUACCAGUUGUAAAGUUUUGAAGACCUUAGAACAGGCCCUCCAGCUGGCUACCAAGUUUCAGUCUGCUCAUGAGAUUUUAGCUACCUGGCUCGAGAAGGUAGAGGCUGAAUUGACCUCAUAUGCUUCUGAGGUACUUGCAGGAGAACAGCUAGCUCAAGCACAGGAAAGACAGAAGGAGCUGAGGAAAGAGAUGAUGGAGCACAGGGUAAGCCUGGACACAGUUAAUGAGGUCAGCAGUGCUCUGUUGGAAUUGGUCCCAUGGAGGGCGAGAGAAGGACUCGACAAACUGGUGUCCGAUGACAACGAGCGUUACAGAUUAGUGAGCGACACUAUAGCACAGAAGGUGGACGAAAUAGAUGCUGCUAUACAAAGAUCACAGCAGUUUGAACAAGCAGCAGAUGCAGAGAUCGCCUGGAUCAUAGAAACAGAGAAGAAGCUCAAAUCACUUGGUGACAUAAGGCUUGAGCAAGACCAGACCUCUGCUGAGUUGCAAGUUCAAAAGGCAUUUUCAAUGGACAUUUUGCGACACAAAGAUACAAUUGAUGAGCUUGUUGCAAAUGGAGAUCAAAUUAUGAACUCCUGCACUGAAGAGGAGAAAGCAUCCCUGAAGAACAAGCUGGACAAACUUCAGAAACAGUAUGAGGUGAUCAGCCAGAUGAAUGCAGAGAGAUACCUGCAGCUGGAACGGGCCCAGUCUUUGGUCAGCCAGUUUUGUGAGACCUAUGAAGAGCUAUGGCCGUGGCUUGAAGAGACCCGGGUGCUAAUUACACAGUUACCCACUCCAGCCAUUGAAUUUGAGAUGUUAAAGCAACAGCAGGAAGAACUUCGGCAACUGCGGGAGCUGAUAGCCGAACACAAGCCCCACAUAGAUAAGAUGAAUAAAACUGGGCCUCAGUUACUAGAGCUAAGUCCUCGGGAAGGCCUGGCCAUUCAGCAGAAGUACACAGCAGCCGAUGCACUUUACAGUAAGGUCAAAGAGGAUGUCAAGCGAAGAGCCACCUCACUGGAUGAAGCCAUUUCUCAAUCCACUCAGUUUCACGACAAGAUCAGCCCCAUGCUCGAGGCACUGGAACGCAUCGCCGUCCGAUUACAACAACCACCUUCCAUCUCAGCUGAGGUAGAAAAAAUCCGAGAGCAAAUCAGUGAAAACAAAAAUGUGACCAUGGAACUCGAGAAGCUGCAGCCUGCUUUUGAAACCCUUAAACAACGAGGUGACGACCUGAUUGGGCGUUCUGAAGGAACUGACAAAGAUUUCUGUGCAAAAGCUGUUCAAGAUCAGUUGGACAAAAUGAUUUUCUACUGGGCUGACAUCAAAGCUCGGGCGGAGGAAUGGGAGGCCAAGCUGCUUGAUGUGAUGGAUCUGGCAGAAAAAUUCUGGUGUGAUCAUUCCGCCCUUAUUGUCACUAUUAAGGACACCCAGGACUUAAUCCGAGAACUGGAGGAACCCGGAAUAGACCCAUCUGUUGUUAAAGAACAGCAAGAGGCUCUAGAGACAAUCAAAGAAGAAGUAGAUGGGCUUCAGGAGGAGCUGGAGAUUGUUCAGAACCUUGGAGCUGAGUUGACCUCAGCCUGUGGAGAGCCCGAUAAGCCCGUUGUGAAGAAAAACAUAGAUGAGCUGAAUUGCACCUGGGACAAUCUGAACAAGGCAUGGAAAGAUCGCAUUGACAGGUUGGAUGAAGCAAUGCAGGAGGCUGUUCAGUUCCAGGAUGCACUACAGGCUAUGUUUGACUGGAUGGACAUUGCAGAGAGUAAAUUAAAUACUAUGCCUCCAAUUGGUACUGAUCUAGAAACAGUCAAGCAACAAAUUGCUGAACUCAAGCAAUUUAAGACCGAGGCAUAUCAGCAGCAAAUAGAGAUGGAGCGACUGAAUCAUCAGGGAGAGUUAUUACUGAAAAAGGUGAACGAAGAUGGUGCCAAACGUGUUGCGCAGGAACCUCUUCACGAGCUGAAACAUCUCUGGGAUAAUCUGGAUGGGAAAAUUGUCAACAGACAGCAUAAACUGGAAGGUGCUCUGUUAGCUCUGGGACAGUUCCAGCAUGCCUUGGAUGAGCUGAUGACAUGGCUAACCCACACCGAAGAGCUGUUAAAUGAACAAAAAGCUGUUGGCGGAGAUCCUAAAGCUAUUGAAAUCGCAAUUGCCAAACAUCACGUUCUGCAGAAUGAUGUUCUAGCCCACAAAUCCACAGUGGAGACUGUGAACAAAGCUGGAAAUGACCUGCUCGAGUCCAGUGAUGGGGAGGAAGCCAGCAGCCUACAGAGCAAGCUGGAAAGCCUGAACCAACGCUGGAAGAAUGUUCUGGAACAAACCGAGCAACGGCAACAGCAGCUGCAUCGCUCUCUCAUCCAGGCUCAAGGUUUCCAGAGUGAAAUUGAAAAUAUGCAGCGGUGGCUGGUGGAAACUGAACGUCAGCUGUCAGCAUCAAAACCUGUUGGAGGUCUGCCAGAAACUGCCAGGGAGCAGCUUAAUGUUCAUCUGGAACUUUGCGCUGCAUUUGAAAGCAAAGAGGAGAUCUACAAGAAUCUGAUAAACAAAGGGCAGCUGAGCUGUGAGGAGGCUGAUGACAGUAAUGUGGAGCAAGGCAUCAACAACCUGAAAGAAAGAUGGGAAUCUGUUGAAGUAAAACUAAAUGAACGAAAGGUUAAGUUGGAGGAGGCCCUCAAUCUUGCCACCGAGUUCCACAAUUCGCUUCAAGAUUUCAUCAACUGGUUAACCCAAGCAGAGCAAACUUUGACUUUAGCUUCAUCACCGAGUCUUAUUCUGGACACCAUUAUGUUCCAGAUUGACGAACACAAGGUUUUUGCCAACGAGGUCAACUCGCACCGUGAAAAAAUAAUUGAACUGGAUAAGACCGGGACCCACCUGAAAUACUUCAGUCAGAAGCAGGAUGUGGUACUCAUUAAGAAUUUGCUGAUCAGUGUUCAAGCUCGAUGGGAGAAGGUUGUUCAGCGUUCUGUUGAUAGAGGAAGAGGACUAGAUGAUGCAAGGAAACGUGCUAAGCAGUUCCAAGAGGCCUGGAAGAAACUGAUGGAAUGGUUAGAGGAUUCAGAAAAAAACCUGGACUCAGAUCUUGAAAUAGCUAAUGAUCCAGACAAAGUGAAAAUGCAACUUGUAAAUCACAAGGAGUUCCAGAAAGCGCUUGGAGCAAAACAUUCCGUGUAUGACACCACAGUAAGAACUGGCCGCUCUUUAAAAGAGAAGACAACUUUGGCUGAUGACCACCAGAAGCUCGAUGACAUGUUGAGUGAGCUUAGGGACAAGUGGGACACGGUGUGUGGAAAGUCAGUGGAAAGACAGAACAAAUUGGAGGAAGCGCUGCUUUUCUCAGGCCAGUUUACAGAUGCCUUGCAAGCUCUCAUUGAUUGGCUGUACAAGAUUGAGCCCAUGCUGGCUGAAGAUCAGCCAGUGCAUGGGGACAUUGACCUGGUGAUGAACCUGAUUGAUGCUCACAAGGUGUUCCAGAAGGAGCUGGGCAAACGGACCAGCGGUGUCCAGGCCCUCAAACGCUCUGCCCGUGAACUGGUGGAGGCCAGUCGUGACGAUUCCUCCUGGGUCAAAGUGCAAAUGCAAGAGCUUAGUACUCGCUGGGAGACUGUGUGUGCGCUCUCUGUCUGUAAACAAGCCCGUCUGGAGCAAGCCCUGAACCAGGCUGAGGAAUUCCGCUCUGCUGUUCAUGUGUUGCUGGAGUGGUUGGCUGAAGCUGAACAGACCCUUCGUUUCCAUGGCGUUCUUCCAGAUGACAAGGAGGCCCUCAGUGGGCUUAUAGAGCAGCAUAAGGAGUUUAGGAGGAAACUGGAUGAGAAGAUGAUUGAACUGAACUUGGCAGUGGGUAUGGGAGAGGCUAUCCUGUCAAUCUGCCAUCCAGACUCUAUCACAACCAUAAAGCAUUGGAUCACAAUAAUUCGGGCCAGAUUCGAAGAGGUAACUGCAUGGGCUAAACAGCAUCAGCUGCGACUUGAAGCAGCUCUUGCCGAUGUUAUUGCUAAUCAGGAGUUACUGGAGAACCUGUUAGGCUGGUUACAGUGGGCAGAGACAAUACUCACCCAGAGAGACCAAGAACAACUUCCACAGGAGAUUGAAGAAGUCAAAACACUUAUUGCUGAGCACCAGUCUUUCAUGGAGGAAAUGACCAGAAAGCAGCCAGAUGUGGAUAAAGUAACAAAAACAUACAAGAGGAAAGCUGCAGAGCCAACCCAGAUUGCGUCCCAAAUUCCUGUCAUUGAUAAAGGAAGGUCAAGGAAAAGAUUCCCAGCACGGGCUCUGUAUUCACCUGCAACGCAGACCAUUGAGACAAAAAAUCCACGUGCUAACCUCCUCGUUAGUAAGUGGCAGCAGGUCUGGUUGUUGGCUUUGGAUAGAAGGCGGAAACUCAAUGAUGCACUCGACAGGCUGGAGGAGCUGAGGGAGUUUGCCAACUUUGAUUUUGACGUUUGGCGAAAGAGGUACAUGCGAUGGAUGAACCACAAGAAGUCCAGAGUAAUGGAUUUCUUCAGGCGCAUUGACAAAGAUCAGGACGGGAAGAUCACAAGACAAGAAUUUAUUGAUGGAAUCCUUUCCUCAAAGUUUCCUACCAGCCGCCUGGAGAUGAGUGCGGUGGCAGACAUAUUUGAUCGAGAUGGAGAUGGCUACAUCGAUUAUUACGAGUUUGUGGCAGCCCUUCAUCCAAACAAGGAUGCUUACAAGCCACUUACUGACGCCGACAAAAUAGAGGAUGAGGUGACACGGCAAGUAGCAAAAUGUAAAUGUGCAAAGCGGUUUCAGGUGGAACAGAUUGGGGAGAACAAAUACAGGUUCUUCCUGGGAAAUCAGUUUGGUGACUCGCAGCAGUUGCGGCUAGUCCGCAUCCUGCGCAGUACAGUUAUGGUUCGUGUUGGAGGAGGCUGGAUGGCAUUAGAUGAGUUUUUGGUGAAAAACGACCCCUGCAGAGCCAAGGGCAGAACGAAUGUUGAACUGCGUGAGAAGUUCAUGCUUCCUGAGACCACUGGUCAGUCCAUGGCUGCUUUCCGAUCACGGGGUCGUAGGUCACGGCCAUCGUCGAGGGCUGCUUCUCCCAACAGGUCAACCUCCAGUGCCAGUCAGAGUGUAUCAGUUCCACCAGCUACGACAAAUACUCCUCCUAAGACACCCCAACAUUUAAUCCGCAAUUAUGAUAAACCAUGGUUGACAAACAGCAAAACAUCAACUCCUUAUAAGUCACCAGAGUCCCCUGAACGCCGAAUCCCAUCUCCAGAGGUAACUCCCAUCCAGGGAAGCAAACUGCGACCACCAGGGUAUCUGUCAGGAAAAAGUUUUCACUCUGGAGACGACAGCAAUUUAACAUCAACUCCACCUUCCAGGGGGAGGUCACAAGUACCAACCCUAGAGUCAAGAAAAGUCCGAAGUCGACCCACAAGCCGAGCAGGAAGCAAGACCGGCAGCAGAACCAGUAGUCGUCGUGGGAGCGAUGCUUCCGAUUUUGACAUUUCAGAUAUCCAGUCUGUAUGUUCAGAUGUUUCAGAGACAGUACCUGACACUAGCAGAUCAGGGUCACGAGCAGGAUCUCGGCCAUCUUCAGCGAAACCUUCAAAAAUCCCAACACCCUCGAGGAGGUCCCCAGCAGCUAGCAAACUGAGCAAGGCCUCCAAAAGAUAGUGCGAUCAGCCCAGUGGAGAACUCCGAAGUCGUUUGAUAGUACAGUCCUUGGGAUGUAAAAUAUUCUGUAGAAUCUGUUGUGAAAUAUUGCAAGAGGUGGACUUUUGAUGCUGCAGAAUGGCCUUAUUUGUGUGUUUGUCUUGUAAGGUAUGUUAUUUUAUGUGAAUAAUUAUUUUGUUCAUUUUUUUUUCUGUUGAUGCCAUAUCCUCUGGAGGGAAAAUUAAAAAGAGCUUUUAAGAAAGAUGUAAGUUAAACUAAUAUUUUUACAUGAUAAUGUGGAAUUAGGUAACUAUCUCUGAAAGCUGUUUCUGAAUGUACUGUUAAACAUAAAAAAUCCCAGGAACAUGUCAAUAAGCAGGCAGAUGACUCCAUGAUUUGCUAACAGCUCUGAUUACCUCAUGCAUAAUUCAAUGAGGCCAUGCUGGAUUUUAGGAAAUAAUCUUUAUUUUGCUCGGAGCUGAUUUUUCUCAAUUAAAGACGAAGCAAAUGUCUGUGUCCCAGGUGAUAAAAAAAGGGAUGUAAGAAGUCGAUCAGCACUAACUUAAUGUAGCAAAUUUGAAUUUACUCACGAAUGUUUAGUUAACAUACAUGCCGGCUGUUAAGAAGACACUUAAAAAAAAUUCCUGCAGCAUUUUUGUGCCAUUUCAUUUAAGCUGAGAUCAAACUGCCAUUGUUAAAACUCCCCUGCCCUUCCCACAAGUCAUUUAUACUAAUAAUAAUUAAUAUAUAAGUAUGAAGUGUGUUGAUGUCAAUGUGAAAUUUUCUUUUGCUUGAGUGGAAGAUAAAUUGUAUCAUUGAUCCCAUUUUGUAUUAAAGCAAAGUGCUUGCGGUAAGUCACAAGCUGAAUCAUCCCUACUUGUUACUUAACAGCAAUACUUCAUGCAAGACUAUUUCUUUAUUUAUUUAACAAAGUAGAUGAUAAUUUAAUGUAGGCUUACGGCAGUAAAAUGAAUGACUUUGAAGGGUUUCCUCCAAAUGCUUAUUAAAGCAUUCUUUUCAGACUUA